UAUUUUCAGGCAACUAUGGACCCAUAGAUAAAUACCUUUAAACUAGCAUACAUAUCAUAAAAUAUAUCUUAAAAACUAAAACACACACUGGCUGCGAUGCAUAAUGUUUGCUGUAGUGUGCGGGAUCUCUGAAGGGGGCGCGUGGGCCCAACACUGCAGAAUAUCGGAUCCAUUGACUGGAUCGACCAAUGUGAAAACGCUCUAUUGUUAGUGCGAGUAACUUGCACUUUCGCGCUUGCAUUCCGAUGGAUGCGAGAGAGAUUGGUUCAGUUUCUGACUGAACGGGAAUAAAGAUGUUACUGAUGUUUACUUGUUAGUUAUUCAAUUAAAAAUUGAAUUGUUGAAUAUGGUGGCCAGCGAGAUGGGACGGAGUUUUGCCAAUGGAUUUUUGUUUGUAGCGAACAUGCUAAACACAGUGACCAUUGACAAACUGGUGGUACCAGAGCUGGUGCAAGCUGGCAACGCCGCGAUCUUGGACUGCCAUUUUUCUGUCUUGGACGAUAAGUUUACUCUGCAAUGGCUGUUCAAUGGAAGCGAAGUGUAUGAGUGGAGGCCCGGGACGGAGCCUAAAGUUGGCGGCGUGUUGGAUGGACGGUUAGAUCUGGAUUAUAAAGUUUCAAAUGUAAGCACCCGACAGCGUCGUCCGUUGCGCAUCGUACAAGCCGCCCCGGAGUUAAGCGGCGAUUACACGUGCCGCAUCCAACACGAUACGGGCGCCAACGCGAACCAGACCGCGACGAUGCUGGUCUUCAGCCCGGAGAGUGACUUUGUUUUGGAUGUGCAGCCUGAGAGCGACAACAACACAUUGAACAUUAAAUGCGUCGCUCGCGGACUGUACCCGCAGCCGGAUUUAUCUCUCGAAUAUAACCAUUCCCCAGUGGCCCAACAGCAACGCGUAUGGCGCUCAGGCGCGCUGUUCUCAGCAGAAACUUACGCGCGGCUACACGCGCACCGCGGCCGCGCCGUGUGCCGCCUGCAGCUGCCGCUGGCCGGCUACGUGGCCAUGCGCUCAUACGUACCGGAUAACGACGCAAAAGAUGGGCUGAGCAAUGCAACAGCCUGCAUUUAUACUUCUAUAGUUUUAAGUAUCGCCAUGGUAACGAUAGGAGGCGUUUUGAGAUAACCAUGUGUGAAACACUUGAUACAAUGAUGUAUUGAAAUAUUUAAGUGUAAUAUUAAGUAAAAAGAGUCUG